CGGCGCAAUAAAAGGGAUGCAGAGAGGGCUUGGGACAGACGCACGGACGAAGGAAGCAGCAGCAGCACCAACGAAGGACAGCAACACGCAGCCAUGCCUGAGGCCAAGAAGGCAGUGUCCAAGAAAGACAAGAGUGCAGCGGCCCCUGCUGUAAAAAAACCUGAAGCGAAAUCCCUGGCGGCAGAGGAAGUACUUGCAGAUGCGGCCACCCCAGGGACGGAGCCAGAGAUGACCGAGCUCAGCGGUCUGUUUGUGGAGAAGCCCCAAAGCACCAUAGCCAUCAAAGGGAAGGACAUCACCUUUGUAGCCAAGGUUGACUCCUCCACCCUUUUGAGGAAACCAGCGCUGAAAUGGCUGAAGGGAAAGUGGCUGGACUUGGGCAGCAAAGCAGGGAAGCACCUGCAGUUCAAGGAGAGCUAUGACAGGGACAGCAAGAUCUACACAUACGAAAUGAAGAUUGUCAAAGUGGUCGAUGGAGAUGCCGGUGGUUACAGGUGUGAAGUUACCGCCAAAGACAAAUGUGACAGCUGCACGUUUGAUAUCACCGUAGAAGCUUCUCAAGAGGACCAAAAGGCAAAUAUUCUGGAAGCCUUUAAGAGAUCGGGUGAGGCUGGAGAAGACGAGGGGGAACUGGACUUCAGUGGUUUACUUAAGAAAAGGGAGAAGAAGCAGGAGGAACCCAAAGAGGAGGUGGAUGUGUGGAGCAUCCUGAAGAAAGCCAAGCCCUGUGACUACGAGAAGAUUGCCUUCCAGUAUGGCAUUACGGACUUGCGUGGCAUGCUCAAACGUCUCAAGAAGAUGAAGGUGGAGCCAAAGAAAUGUGAUGCCUUCCUGAAGAAGCUCGAGGCAGCCUACUCUGUGGACAAGGGAAAGAAGAUCCAACUUACAGUGGAGGUGGCAAACCCUGAUGCCCAGAUCAAGUGGCUGAAGAACGGAACAGAAAUCAAGCCCUCCGCCAAGUACGUGUUUGAGAGUGUGGGGAACAAGAGGAAGCUCACCAUCAACAAGUGCACACUGGCGGAUGACGCGGCCUACGAGUGUGUGAUCGGGGAGGACAAGAGCUUCACAGAGGUCUUUGUCAAAGAGCCACCUGUCACCAUCACCAAGCUGCUGGAUGACCUCCACGUGGUUGUAGAAGACAAGGUCGAGUUCGAGGUGGAGGUGUCCGAGGAGGGGGCCAACGUCAAGUGGAUGAAAGAUGGCGUGGAACUGGCGAGAGAUGGGAAGUAUCGCUUUAAGAAAGACGGGAAGAAGCACUGGCUGAUCAUCAAUGAAGCGAGCAAGGAGGACAUCGGAAUGUACUAUGUUUUCACCAACGGGGGGGAGUCAAAGGCCGAACUUGAAGUUGAAGACAAGGAGCUGGAGGUGCUCCAGAGCAUCGCAGACUUGACAGUCAAGGCAGCUGAGCAGGCCAUCUUCAAGUGCGAGGUGUCUGAUGAGAAGGUGACAGGAAAGUGGUACAAGGAUGGAGUGGAGGUGAAGGCCAGCAACCGGAUAAAGAUGGUCCACAUCGGCAGGAUCCACAAGCUGACCAUCGAUGAUGUGAAGGCUGAGGAUGCUGGAGAUUACACCUUUGUGCCAGACGGAUACGCACUCUCCCUGUCUGCCAAGCUCAACUUCCUGGAGAUCAAGAUCGACUACGUCCCUCGUCAAGACCCGCCCAAGAUUCACCUGGACACCACUGGAAGCAUGGUGAACAAGAACACCAUCAUCGUCGUUGCAGGCAACAAGCUGAGGCUGGAUGUGGAGAUCUCGGGAGAGCCCGCUCCCACUGUGUGCUGGACAAAAGGGGACAACGUGAUUACAGAAACGGAGGGCCGCGUGAGGGUGGACAACAGGAAAACCCUGAGCAGUUUUGUGAUCGAGGGAGCCGAGCGGGGCGACGAGGGGAGGUACACGAUCACAGUGACGAACCCAGCGGGCGAGGACAAGGCCGAGCUCUUCAUCAAGGUUGUAGAUGUGCCGGAUCCCCCCGAGGGAGUCAAGUGCAUGGGAGUUGGAGAAGACACAGCCACCAUCAUCUGGGAACCACCCAAAUUCGAUGGGGGAUCACCAAUCAAAGGGUACCUGAUGGAGAGGAAGAAGGUGGGUUCUUCGCGGUGGACGAAGCUGAACUUCGACAUCUACGAGUCCACGAGCUACGAGGCCAAGAAGAUGAUCGAGGGGGUGCUGUACGAGAUGAGGGUGUUUGCCGUCAAUGGUAUCGGUGUCUCCCAGCCGAGCUGCAGCUCCAAACCCUUCAUGCCGAUUGCCCCUACUAGCGAGCCCACCCGCCUCACCGUGGAUGACGUCAUGGACAGCGCCUGCAUGCUCAAGUGGCGCCCCCCUGACAAGAUAGGAGCGGGCGGCAUCGACGGCUAUAUUAUCGAGUACCGCAAGGAGGGAGACACCGAGUGGAUCCAGGCGAACUCAGAGCCGGUGGAGAAGAACAGCUACACGGUGCGGGGUCUGCCCACGGGGGAGAAGAUGGAGUUCAGGGUCAUGGCCGUGAACAUCGCAGGUCGCAGCCCACCUGCCGUCAUGGCUCAGCCUGUCACGAUCCGCGAGAUCAUCGAGCAACCUCACAUUCGGCUGCCGCGCCACCUCAGGACCAAGUAUGUGAGGAAGGUUGGAGAGAAGAUCAACCUGGUCAUUCCCUUCCAGGGAAAGCCACGCCCUGUGGUCAACUGGUUCAAGGACGAUGAGCCCCUGGACCCGAAGAAAGUGUCGGUGAGGACCACAGAGGUGGACACCAUCCUGUUCAUUCGCUCAGCCGAGAGAGACCACUCGGGGACGUACACGCUGUCGGUGCAGAUCGAGAACAUGGAGGACAAGGCGUCCUUCGAGAUCCGUGUGGUGGAGAAACCCGGGCCCCCGCUGGCUGUGAGGGUUACUGAUGUGUGGGGCUUCAACGCAGCUCUGGAAUGGAAGCCCCCCAAGGAUAAUGGAAACAGUGACAUCUCAGGCUACAUCAUCCAGAAGGCAGACAAGAAGACCAAGGAAUGGUUCAUGGUCUACGAACACAACCGCCGCCCAAACUGCACCGUGUCGGACCUGGUCAUGGGGAAUGAAUACGUGUUCCGCAUCUUCAGCGAGAACAUCUGUGGGCUUAGCGACGAGGCGGGGCUCAGCAAGAACACGGCGGUCAUCGCCAAGACUGGACUGGCGUACAACCGCCCGCCGUACAAGGAGAAGGACCUGAACACGUCGCCCAAGUUCACUCAGCCCCUCCAGGACAGAUCUGUCAUCGCAGGCUAUUCCACCGCCAUCAGCUGCUCCGUGCGCGGACGUCCCAAGCCCAAGAUCAUCUGGAUGAAGAACAAGACGAUCAUCGGCGAGGACCCCAAGUACCUCAUGCAGAACAACCAGGGUGUGCUCACGCUGCACAUCCGCAAGCCGAGCCUCUUUGACGGGGGCAACUACUCCUGCAAGGCCGUCAAUGAGCUCGGCGAGGACGUGGUCGAGUGCAAGUUAGAGGUCCGAGGUGCGUCCGCAACACGGUCUCCCGUUGCUGCCGUACUGCUCAUGCAUGAUGGGUAAGACAAUGAGGUAA